AUGGCUACUCCAUCCUCGUAUGGUCCAACAUCCUUGCCGCCAUCGUCAACACGCCGCCAUGUUACCCAAGACUUGAUCAAUCGGUACGUGGUCCCGCGAGAGAUAUUUUACUCGAGCCACCAUCUGAACUUUGUCUUUCAGUNNUUCUUUAUCCAACUGCAUCAAGGAUGCGGGGCUUCUACGUGUUCGACACCUCUUUGUGCAACUGCGAGGUCUCAUCGCUCAUCUCCACCAAUGCGUGGCUACACUGCUGUCAGUGCCCGGACUAUGGCAGUCGUCUUGGCCUCAUCUGAGAACGCAUACGACCGUCUCUGUCCGAAUCUUUCCAGUCAGCUUCCGACCAUCACUACCACUGUACAGGAAAAGGUCGAUCACAGAUCGAUCAUGCAGCAGCUAUUCAAUUCUGAAUCACUUAGGAACAUCCAUUCGGUCGAGAAUACACACUUGGCAAAACCCUUACGUCCCGAGUCUACCAUCGAGGUCUCGUCUUCUGCUUCAAUUUCUUGCAAUGACCUGAUUGAACUUUGCGAUGCUACGCGUAGCGCUCGUUCCGCUCUGUUGUCUUCGAAGCAAGACGACCAACUUGUCCGUCUCUAUUCAGAGUUACGCUGCUUGUUUUCCAGCUUCUCGGCUCUGGCGCGCUCCUUCUCUGAUGAUCCUAUGGGUGUUAUGGCAGGACCAGUUACACCUCACUUCAUGAUUCGUCGCACUAGACUCCAUCAUGUGUUUGAGUCGAUACACAAACUUGGACAAGAUGCUUCAGCUGUCGUUUUCAAUUCUAUAUGGGAGGCUCUUGAGCCGGUGUUCGAGAGUCCCUUCGAUCCAAGAUAUCAAGGACCGAAAUCCUUUCAGACCUUUCCAUCUGAUGUUGAGGGCGCUCAGGUCACUAGUGUAUUGCAUUAUGCUAUUCACGUGCUCACUUCCUUUNUGCCACAAGCUUCGAGAGAUACCUGGCACAUGGUCUGGUCUACGAUUGUUAAUGGCAAAGCGUAUGGCAAGCAAAAAGAAAUUCCAGACGAUCCGAUUCUUUCGCCCUGGCUAUCAAUUCUCGACAGUUUUGAGCAAGAUCCUGCUAUGCGGAUGGCAAAACGCCUAAUCCGGGCAAUUGGUGCCAGAACUUGUCUUGAAGAAACCCUGUCCGCCUGUGGCAUGGGCGAUGCAAAGCCGGAUCCGCGGCUGCAAAUCUGGCAAACUAGCCGCCGGGUCAGAGAGUCCCUCACCGAUUUACUAGUUCACGAGGAGCAAAGUAUACGGAUGGCUACAUUCAAGACCAAAUACCGAGAAGAGCUGCGACAUGGUGGAGAGCUUGUUGGUACCACAUCUCUUAUCUGGCUUGAGUGGCUGCGCAGAUGUUUCUUGAAAGAAUGGGAUGGCUCUCUGCAGAUUAACAGAUGGUCUGUGGCUGGCUCGGCACUUGAGUUGAUCGAAGAUCUUUGGAAACACCGAGGUCGAGGACAGCUAGACAUGCCUGCAAAAUUGUUUACAUGUUCUGCCGUAUUUGAUUCUCUCAAUGUCGACGAGGCAGCACAAGACUGGCUGUCCUACAAGCCAAACCCUAAUAGUCGUCAUCUGUUGUCAUUCAAGUUCCUAUUCGACACAAGAUCAGCGAUUUUACUGGUUCGCACAUCCCAUCAUGUCCUCAUGCGGCGCGCCUACAACGAAGCGGACGCGGUAUUACACUUACGUCGAAGAACAAUGCCCCAGGUUAACAUCCAGGACGUUGUCUACCUUGAUCGCCGUCUAAGAGCCGCUCAAGACCAUUACAUCGUGUUGAAGAUCAACAGGCAAUCCAUACUAUCUGAUGCUUUUGACCAAUUAUGGCACAGGGAGAGGCGAGAGUUGUUACGACCACUCAGGAUACGUAUGGGAAUCGACGAAGGCGAGAUUGGUCAUGAUCUUGGAGGCGUUCAGAUCGAGUUCUUCAAGCUUGCUUGUCAAGAGGCUUUCAAUCCCGCCUACUGUAAGUCGGUUUUACCUCGAUUUCGAAAUCUUUAUACUGAACACUCGCAGNCACUCUUUUCAAUCGAUCCUCAAACUCGCCUGGCCUGGUUCCAGCCCGCAACGAUGGUACCGCUUUACAAGUACCAGCUUUUCGGCUUGCUGUUCGCCCUUGCCAUCUACAAUGGUAUCACCCUGCCGGUUUCGUUCCCUUUGGUCUUUUACAAGAAACUCCUCUUCCAAACACCUAGUGAAGCUGAUUUGGGAGAGGGCUGGCCGAGCUUGGCUAGGUCGUUGCAACAUCUCCAGAUGCAUCAAGGUUCUGUAGAGGAAGACUUUGCUCGAGAUUAUGUCUACAGUUUUGAUGCUAAUGGAUUGCAUCUGGAUGUAAGUAUGGAUGAUCCAUGGGAUGGUUGGUCUGUGUGGGACAAGAUUAAAUCAGGCAAAAACAUGAGUCUGGGACGAUUGAAGAUCAUGCGACAAUAUCCCGACAAGUACCAUCCGACCUCCAAGCCUACACACAUCGCGCAUUCUGUUGCGCACGAGCUACCGGAUGCUACAGGCCAUACGGAUUUACCAGGCGAACCGACGCAAAUUGAAACCGGAGCUCGUGGGUAUCAGCAAAGCAGAUUCGAGUGGCCAGGCUGGAAGGUCGAGAUCGCGAAUCCCGGAGAGUUACCUCAGCCAGUCACAAACGACAAUCGCCUGGAAUUUGUCUCAAGCUAUUCUAAAUGGGUCAUGGACUGGUCCAUCCGCCCCCAAUUCAAUGCGUUCGCGAAAGGGUUCUAUUCCGUGAUGAAUCUCAGACCAUUAUCGGUAANNCUUAUGAACGCCGAUCAAUUUCGCACCCUGGUCGAAGGCCAUAACCACCUCGAUAUCAUCGCCCUGCAAAGAGCUACAACCUACAAUCAUUACACAGCCAGCUCACCGGUCGUUCGUUGGUUCUGGGACGUGGUCAAGGCCUAUCCCCAAGAAAAGCAGAAGCAAUUGCUGGAGUUCGUUACGGCAAGCAGUCGAGUGCCCGUGAACGGAGCCGAGAGCUUGAUUUUCGUUAUUGAGAGAAGUGACUCCGAGACGAGUGCAUUGCCUGGAAGCAGCACCUGUUUUGGUACGCUCAGGCUUCCUGAAUAUGAAAGCAAGGAGAUUUUGGCGAGCAAGCUGGAUAUCGCUCUGGAACAUUCAUUGGGCUUUGGACAAGCAUAA